AUGCCUCGAUUACAACCUCGUGCUCUUCACCGCGCGCGCAGAAUUGAUCCGUUAUUGCCGUUUGUACUACAAGGCACGCGCGAUCUCAGCUCUGCGAAGAACGAAUUGCGCUGGCUGAGAGAAUUCACCAUCGAGCAACAACAAAAACAGCAUAAUCUUGAAGAUUGGAAUAGACAACAAAAGCUGAGACAACUAUGUAUUGAAAGAGCUCGCGGCAAGCCUUUGCAAUAUAUCAUGGGCACCGAGUAUUUCGGCGACCUCGAGAUUGCUUGUGAGCCAGGAGUUUUGAUACCAAGGUNNAGGCAAGAGACUGCUGCUUCAGUUACACACAUGAUCAAUCGUCUGCAUCAAGGGACCAGGAGCCUCCCAAAGCAUCUCAAAAUCUUGGAUUUGUGUACAGGAACUGGUUGUAUAUCUUUGCUCGCUUACUACGAGUUUAUCACUAAGCACAGUAGGACCUCCAACGACUUGGAGGUCAUGGGAGUGGAUAUUUCUCCACAGGCAUUGCGACUUGCAAACAAGAACCUCCACCGCCUGUGCAGCGAAGGAUCAUUACCUCCAAACCCAUCUUUGCACUUCCUCCAUGCAGACGUCCUCGCCACCUCACACAACGACACAACCACUGAGCCUGCAUCUUUAACCUCUGUCCUACACACUAACACCUCCACCUCACCAAACCCCACCUGGGACAUCCUCAUCUCAAACCCACCCUACAUCUCUCCCAGUGCCUUUUCCACCACCACAAGCCGCUCAGUAAAGCGCUAUGAGCCCCUUCUGGCCCUCGUCCCAAACCCCUCGUCCUCAAAUCUACCUCUGACUCCCUCCAUCGAUGACGGAGACAUCUUCUACCCUCACCUUUUAUCUAUCGCCGCAAACGUCUCUGCCCGCAUCAUCCUCUUCGAAGUCGCUGACUUGGAGCAAGCUCACCGUGUCGCUGUAAUGGCGAAAGAGCAGGGUAUCUGGGAUGGGAUUGAGAUAUGGCGAGACGACCCUGGCUCUGAUGAUGAAGCAAAUACUAAAGAUAUGGGUGCUGCUCACGAGAUCAAGGUUUGCGGGCAGGGGAACGGGCGCUCGGUAUUUGCUUAUCGUGGCGAUGCUGUGGACUGGUGGGGUGUGUAG